AUGUAAAAUAAAGAGUACUGCUCAGAUACUUUUAUAAAUAAUAAGUAAUGUUAGGAUAACAACAAUGUGUUAUCUCUGAAAAUAGAAGAUGUAAACAAAGAACUUAAACAUGCGAAUAUAAUAAGAAGUUUGUAUAAUAAAUUUGCAAAAAGAAAACGUUAUCUUGCUUCAAUUCAUUAUAAUCAAGCAGAUUGUAAGUUAUAUGGAAAUUGUAUAGGAAAAGUUGAUGGUAGAUGUUAAGAGACACCAUAAAAUUGUGAGGAUAUUCUUAAAGAAUAAUUUUGUGAAUUUAACUAUAAUAAAGAAAGAUGUAUUUGA